CCGCUCAAUGCUGGGGUGUUCUUGAUGCGGAACAGCGAGUGGUCGAGGGAGUUUGUCAUGAGGGUCUGGGAACGGGGGAUGAGUGGGAAAGAGGGAGAGGAGGGGAGUGAGCAGGAUGCCAUGCAACGGACCCUCAUCGAUCUCGGCGAGAUUCCCGGGCCCUACCCUCGUCCUGGCCCCAACACCCCUUCUCCUCCGACUCUUCAUCCGAGACAUGUGUGGAUGCCGGAUCAACAUCAGCUUAACUCUUACCCGGAUGAGAUCGGAUGUGUUCAGGAUGGGAGUAGACAGUGGCGAAGGGGUGAUUGGAUUUUGCAUUUUCCGGGUGCGUGGGCGUAUCUGGGGAAGGCCGUGGAGGAUCCGUAUGGGGUUUUGAUGAGGAAGUAUGAAGGGAGGGUUGUUGAUCGUUGAUACUGACGAGGGAGGGGGAGAGAGGGUUGGAGUUCAUUAAGGGUUGGGCUACAUAUGCGUGUGGAAUCUACGUUCUUGAAUAUGUGCA